AUGGCUUCUUCAGAAGGAUUUCUGCCUGCAAGCCGCAGGUAUUGCAGCGUGAUGACAGCUCUGGACAACGUGCUGUGCCCCCGUGUCGUGGCGGCCGCCAGCUCCUGCUGCAGGAACGCCGUGGCCGUGCAUCCGGCCUGCCACCCCAUGGCCCUCAGCCCCUGCAGGUGCUGGUGGAUUAGCUGCUGCCUCCCAUCGCGUGUCGCAGCGUGGAAGAGGCCGCGCGGUUUGGCGAGCUCGGCUGCCUUAGCCAGGGGUGGCCCCGUUCUGGUGCGAGGGGAGCACACCGGGUUCUAUUACCGCGGUACAGUUAAAGAAGAGCUGGAGGGUGAAAGAGGAACGUUCCUGGUGGAGUUGGCUGAACCCGUUGUGGUGCGCGGCAGGCCUCCCGUGCGGGUGCAAAGAGCAAUCGAGGAUGAUAUUCUGGAGUACGUGCACGGCAUGAAGCACUCGCUGCUUCCCGGGGAUAAAGUGCUGGCCCCUUGGGAGCCGGAUAUGGUGCGGUUCGGCCCGGGAACUGUCCUCGUGGGCAUCGAGACGCGGGAUCCCCUGCGAGCCUCAGAAGAUGAGGAAAUCAUGGUUCAGUUCUGGAACGGCAAGGAAGUGAAGCUCCCGCUGGGUGUUGCUCUGUGGAUCCCUCCUAGCCGCUGGGAGAGGAUCGUAGAGAUGAUCCACAUGCCCUUCACCAGCAGAUUGAAGGCUAGAAAAAAUCCUGACACCAAUUCUUGCUUUUUCUCCUGCAGUCCUGUAGCAGUCCCCGUUCCUCUCUGUACCUUAGGUAGCCUCUCUAGGCACAACCUGCUCUGCUGGCUGCAUCUUCACCAGCACUGUGGUGGUACGUGCUGCUCAUCGGUACACGUGGGCUGCAUCUGCUGCUGCCAUCCCCGUACUGAGGCCUGGUGGCCUCUCCCUUCCCACUCUUUGGUCCUUCCAAAGGGGAAGCAAGGGGCAGAGCCCAGCAGCAAACCUUCUCUGCGCCUACCAGACCUGGAAGGUCCAAAGCAAGAAGCAGCAGCAGCUGCAUCUUCCCCCUCCUCCAGUUCGGAGCACGUUGUGGAGUCCUUCCAUGAGCGUGCUGUGAUGCACAGGGCUGGUAACACCAACUCCAGCCUGCUGGAGAAGCCCAAGCUAAGGGAUUCUGCGAGGCCAGCGUGGAAAUACUGGAAAAGGAGCCAACACAAGUCCAUCCUAGCAAUCCAGCUACCUUAA